AUGACCUCGAAGAGAAGAGGUGUCGCAGUACCCGUGGCGGUGAUUGGGCUGGUGGUUGCGAUUGGCGUUGGUACCUACAAACUCGCUGUUUCGCGUAGCUACACUAGUGACGAGAUCCCUGCGGUCAAAAAGCUGGGUGACAGCGUGUGCGUGGUUGUUUCAGAGUCCAAGGACUACUCCAAGCUUCUGCAGGCUUACCCCAGAUUGGUUAUCGUGGGUGCCCAGAGUAUAGCGUUAAAGUCGGGGACAGCAGACGAUUACCGUCUGAUUGAGACAGAAACGGCAGAGGGCUGGAUCCAUGUCGUCAAGCAUUUGCGGCCCGAAAAGCUGGUUGUCGAAGACGAGCUGUCGCCAGAGCUGCCGGCUGGAAUCGAGCGAUUUGUGAAAAAGAUCCUGACAAAAAAUGAGGCUGCCAGCUACGGUCUAGAAUAUUAA